AUGCAGUCCGACGCUCACCCUCGCCAGGUGCUGGCGAGUAAUCCAAGCUCCCAGCAUGACGACGCUGACGCCGAGAAGGCAAGAGGCCUCCCUCCUCGCGAGAUGGCUCCGCUGCCCGAGGCCCGCCGCAGACCAGUGUCUCCAAAUGGCGCAGGCGACUCAUCAUCGCCCGACGCCCCUGUUCCGACUGUGAGGCGAGCCUCUCAGCCGCGUAUGCGCGCCGAUCAGCAGCUUCCGCAAGCUGUUGAGCCUGCAGUGCGUCGUCUCUCGUCUGAUCGGCCUCCUGACGCAUCAGGCGAUACUGGUCGAUCGUCAAACGCUCCGCUGCGCGCUCUCAUCGGCUCCACGAGAAUAAGCCAAAUCACGAAGCCCGCUAUCGACGAGACCCGCCGCUGCACUAGUUGA